AUGGAUGACGCAAAACCACCCAUUCGUGGACAUGUUGAUAGUGCCAUGGAAAAAAUUGAAGCAUAUGAAUCUACAAUAUCAUCGACUCAAUCAAAAGAAAUAUCUAGUUCAGAUUCAUUGGCUCGUGCUUUAGGAAUCAAAGAGCAUUGUGGACGCGUUCGCGAUUUAGGUUUGGGUCCUUGCCCAUCUAAAGUCUUUGGAGUCCAUGCUCGUUCUCAUGGUGGAUCAUCUUCAACUUCUGUUUCUAAUGUUGAAUUACAAACUCAAGUAUCUUCAUUGACAACACAAGUCAAUGAAAUGAAGGCAGUGAUAUCAUUAUUGUUGCAAAAUUAUCCGGGUCAAUUGCCUUCACAGCUUGCUACAUUUCAACCAUCAUCGGUAUCUGAUCAAGGAAGUGUGUCAAAUGAUGGAUGUAAUGAAAAAGGAGAACCUUAGAACUCUGCGUAUUUAAUUUUUAGUAUUGAACAUCUUUGUCCACCCUCGACCAUAUUACAUAUUAUGUGUCUGUUCAGUGUUGAAUUUUGGUCCUUAUUCCAGAAUUAGGACAGACAUUUCUCUGCUCCCAGUGCCUUGAAAAUAAUUGUCUUCAUGGUUGCUCUGAUGUCUGCUAUGUUACCAAGUUUUCUUUUCAUCAGUAUUUGCUACUUGUUAUUAAAAUUCUUGUAAAUAUUACUUUUUACUUGCCCUGGAUAUUUUUUUUGAACUUCUCGUUCAUGUUUUGUAUGGUUUUCUGAAAAUGCAUUAUCUUUCUUUGCAUUUUGCUUUGGGAGGAGGUGACAUUAGCCUU